GAGCUGACCCUCAGCCACGUCACCCGGUCAGAGCUCUGCGCCCUGGCGGCGCUCGAGAUGCCGCGACUCACCGACCUGACUCUGCUGUACAGCAGCGGCCUCAGCCAAGUCACCAUUGACGCUGCCGGUCGCAAUGAAACUGGCAUGCGGGCAAUGGCGUGCGCCCCCUGGUUUGGCAGGCUGCGGUCGAUCACCAUCGACUGCGAUGAGCCGCCCAUCAGUGAUGAUUUUGCCGGCUGCGGCGCACCCUGCUUAUGUUUUUUGGAUUAUCGCUGCAGCUAUUUCAGCGACGCCGCGGCGGCGGUCCUUGGCCAGCUGGCUCUGCCGUCGCUGCGUGGGCUGCAUCUGUUUGUGAGGUCGGCCAUGUUGCCACCCUUCGCGCUAACGGCACGCGGCAUGGCGGCGCUGCUUGCGGUCGAGGGGGUCACAAGCAGCCUGGAGGAGCUGUGCCUAACGCAGGACAGCAACAGCGAGGCGGACGCAGACGCUGUGGUGGCGGCGAUCGCCUGCGCGCCUCUGGCAGCCCUGCGCAGCCUCGAUUUGACUGACGGCCUGCACACGGACGCGUCCAUAGCUUCGUUGGCGCGCGCCUGCUGGGCGCGACAGCUGUCGCGUCUCUAUUUGAUUUCCGUUGAUGGCCGGUUCUACCAAAACGGGGCUGCUUGGAGGGCGCUGGCCGCCGCUCCCCUGGAGUCGCUGCAAGAACUUUACCUGCACUUCGCCCCCUGCAUGUCGGCCGGGGUCGCGGCGCACCUCAUGUCUGCGCCCUGGCUCGGCGGCUUGGAAAGACUCUACUUGAUUGGCUUGAGCAGGGGCGCGUUUGAGGUGCUGCAGGCGAGCCCUGCAUUCGCAAGCCUGCAAGCCAUAAAAAAAGUUACUGUGUCUCAAGUGGAAAGAGAGCAGGCUGCGGUGGCACAUGCGGUGGGCGCCGCGGAUUGA